AGAUAUUCAGAUUUUCCUUUUUUUUCAGUUGAAGGAAAUUUAAGGAAAAAGCUGAUUUGCAGGUACGAGAAUUUAGCGAUUUCCAUUAACAGCGGGCGACUCAAAAGCACAGUGGAAGAAAGCAAAAAACUUACGAAGGAGUUUUUCCCCUCACUUUGCUUCGUUCUGAUGCCACCGGAGCUUUCUCUCCCUUUCUUUGCUUUUCUGUGAUGCAUAUGCAGCUCUGCUUCUAUUAGAGUUCGUCGAUUCGUUAUAGGGGUGAGUAUCUCUAUUGAAUACUCCAGAUUUUUGGCAAGCUGAAGAAUUUGAUGGAAGAAAAGCAAUUGGACUUCAAUGCACCACUUUUAUCUGUGAGGCGCUUCUCAUCUUUCUCAUCUACUUCAGCUUCUUCAGAGCGAAAUGACAGUGAGAGGAUCGAGAAUUCCUGGCCCACGAUAUCUUCUCUUCCAUAUUACAAACCAGAUAUAAAAUCUGGCCCCAUUAAAAAUGCUGGUUCUAUUCCUUUUCUGUGGGAGCAGACUCCAGGAAGACCCAAGGAUGGAGGAGGUCCCCGAGCACAACCUCUCAAACGGCCUCCACUUGCACCGAAGCUUCCACCUGGGAGAGUUUUGGAUGUUAGACAACAGCCUACGAACAGUGAAUCUAACGAUAAAAAUGCUGUUAGUCCCAAAAAUGUUGUUAGUUCCAAAACCAGUAAUGCUUUUCUUAGUAGUCAUAGGGCUUCAUCUUUGAGUGAUAAUGUAACUGAACUGGACAGUUCCAAAGAGAUUGUGAAGAAAGGACAGGAUGCUGAGACAGAGGAGGAUGAGGAUGAGACAUUCACAGAUGCACUUGACACACUGUCCCGUACUGAGUCAUUCUUCUUAAACUGUAGCAUAAGUGGUGUUAGUGGACUGGAUGGCCCAGACAUCAAGCCAUCGGGAACCUUCUCAACAGAUCCACAAACUCGGGAUUUCAUGAUGGGUCGCUUCUUGCCUGCAGCCAAGGCAGUGGCUGCAGACACACCCCAGUACGCUUCAAGAAAACAACCUCUGGCACGAGAACAUUCAAGACAGGUGACAAAAGUGGUUAAUGGAGAAAGACGGAAUCCAAUCAACCAAUAUAGACCUAACCUCUUGCCACAAUAUACCCAUGAUGUAGUGGAAGAAGAAAGUGAAGAUGAAGAAGAUGGUGAUGAGUAUGAUGACACGGGGAAUUUAUCAGCAAAAGCAUGUGGACUACUUCCUCGGUUUUGCUUAAAGAAUUCUGUGUUCCUGUUAAAUCCAGUCCCAGGGAUGAAAAUUAGAGCCAGGGCACCCAUGUCUUCUGUGGGUAAUGUUAGAACACGGGCUAAGACUGCAUAUGCUGGAACUUGCACUAAUAAAGAUGAGCACACGUGGGAUGCUUUCUGUAAGCACAAAUUUGUGAGGGAACUUAAACCACCUGGGCUACUUGAGGAUGAGAGUAAGAUGACAAGUGAAUCCAACCAACUAACUGACUGGAGUGACUCUCAAACACCAGAAGGAUCAUCUCCCUACAGGCUUUCUGCAGGUGUUGGCAUAUCACCUUAUCGGAAUGAAGCACCUCAGUCUCCUUUCCAUGAAGGAUCGGGGUUUCUUGGAAUUCCUAAAGAAGUAAAAAAUUACAAAGCUUCUCGUUUUGAUUCAUCUAAGACAGGUCGUAACAACUUUCGGGAAACAUUAUCUCGUCAUAGCAGUAAACCAGGUUCAGGCCCAUUGAGCCCAAUGGUAGAGAAAACUCUGUAUGUAGACUCUGUGCAAAUGGUGGAAACACCGAAUUCAAAUUCAAGUUCUUCAGAUAUGAGAGGUUUUAUUGAUAUCACAGACAAGGAUUCAGAAGUUCUGGCAGAAAGUAAGGGGGUGGAUGAAACGCUUUCUGUUGAAUCCUGUCUUAGAAUUGUCGAAGACCUGAAGAUUUCAAAGGAAAUAGGAAUCUUCCAACCAAAGAUUCAGGAGGUUGAUUCUGAUUUUCCCUCCUCCUCUGACAGAUCAACUCCUCGAUGGAAUGUGGACAGAGUAGAGAGCUUCAGACAGGACGGAGGUCUUGAUCAGGAAUCUAGACCUUUAGUUUUUUCAGAAAUUCCUGAUGAUAGGAAACUGAAUUUUAAUGACCCACAACCUCUAGAUUCAGUUGAUCAGGGGAAUUUUUAUGCCAUCUCUUUACCAUCUCCCCUUCCUCCACCUUUGCCAAAAUCGCCUUCUGAGUCUUGGCUUGGUCGUACCUUAUCCAUUUCCUCAAGGAAUCCAUCUUUACGGUCAUACCAAGUUACCCAAUCCCACCUCAAGAAGCAGGGCUCCAAGAUAUCCUCUGAUAGUCCCAAGUGGGAGACAAUUGUCAAAACUUCUAAUGUUCACCUUGAACAUUCACGUUUCUCACAGGAACUAAUAAUACCUGCAUCCCGGCAAUCAGAAAGUUAGAAGUAAAAGCAUCCUACUUGAUGUCCUUCGGCUUACUCAUUUGCUUUCAUAUUCCAAAUUGAGAUUUUAUGAGUUCAAGGUACUCAAACAUUUGUAAUUCCUUUUUAUGAUCAGAAGUACAGAUGUAAGUUUGUUUAUUCCCUUCUUGUAUGUGCAGAUGGUCAAUAGUGACACUGAACCAGAUUUUAUUUUUUGUAAAUUUUGUCAAUGUUGUCAAUUCAUCAAACUUCAAGAUUGUUGCUGGUUUCGGCUCUCAUUUUGUGAUUGAGCUGUAAAAUGAAUCAACAGCAUUUAUGUAACAGAAUAGUAUGCUGCCACCUUGGCAAUGUACAUAAUGGUGCUAUGCAUGCCUCAGUCUUUGGAUAA